UGGUGCUAAUGGUGAUUGUCCCGAAGCGUGAACGGAGCUCAGUCAAUCAGAACAAUGACUUCUCCGCUGGAGCUUGAGGAGCGAAGCUGAGCCUCGCGCAGCGAGCGGGAGCGGCUGUAGCGCUUGCCGCUGAGUAGCAAGUGGUGUUGGUCGGGAGCCGCUGCUGAGGCGAGGAGGAGGUGCAGCGCCUUUGCUCUUGCUUGAAGGUGAAAAGGGGGAUCUUGAGCUGCGCUCUUGAGCAUGUGGAUUCCGACGGAGCACGAGAAAUAUGGCGUGGUAAUUGCGGGUUUUCGAGGAACUGUCCCUCAUGGAUUAUCACUGGAGAUUGGAGACACUGUUCAAAUACUAGAGAAAUGUGAUGGCUGGUAUAGAGGAUUUUCCUUAAAGAACCCAAAUCUCAAGGGUAUCUUCCCAUCUAACUAUAUUCACUUGAAAAAUGCAUGUGUUAAGAACAAAGGGCAAUUUGAAAUGGUUGUCCCAACAGAAGACUCUGUUAUCACAGAGAUGACAUCAACUUUAAGAGACUGGGGGACAAUGUGGAAACAACUUUAUGUGAGAAAUGAAGGGGAUCUUUUUCAUCGACUAUGGCACAUAAUGAAUGAAAUCCUAGACCUGCGACGCCAGGUACUAGUGGGCCAUCUUACCCAUGAUAGGAUGAAGGAUGUCAAACGGCACAUCACAGCUCGCUUGGACUGGGGCAAUGAACAACUGGGAUUAGACUUGGUUCCAAGAAAGGAGUAUGCUAUGGUGGAUCCAGAGGAGAUCAGCAUUACAGAGCUUUUUAGACUGAUGGAAUAUCGUUAUCGAAAGAAAGAUACUCCUGUGCAAGUAAGCAGUCACCAUCUCUUUGUUCAGAUGAAGAGUCUGAUGUGCUCCAAUCUCGGAGAGGAACUGGAAGUUAUCUUCUCGCUUUUUGAUAGCAAAGAGAAUAGACCAAUCAGUGAACGUUUUUUUCUAAAACUCAACCGUAAUGGCUUGCCAAAAUGUCCAGAGAAGCCAGAAAGGCAUUGUUCUCUCUUUGUGGAUUUAGGAACCAGUGAACUCAGGAAGGACAUCUAUAUCACUGUGCAUAUUAUACGCAUAGGCCGAAUGGGAGCUGGUGAAAAGAAAAAUGUUUGCAAUGUACAGUACCGACGACCUUUUGGCUGUGCAGUCCUCAGCAUAGCAGAUCUACUAGCAGGAGACACAAAAGAUGACCUUAUCCUAAAAGUGUACAUGUGCAACACAGAGAGUGAUUGGUACCAGAUCCAUGAAAACAUCAUCAAAAAGCUAAAUGCUCGUUAUAAUUUAACAGGAUCCAAUGCUGGUCUGGCUGUGUCUCUUCAGUUGCUACAUGGAGACAUUGAACAAAUCAGAAGGGAGUAUACAUCCAUGUUUACCCAUGGUAUAUCAAUAACAAGGAAGUUGGGUUUUUCCAAUAUUAUCAUGCCUGGUGAAAUGAGGAAUGAUUUAUAUAUCACGAUAGAAAGAGGAGAGUUUGAGAAAGGUGGAAAAAGUGUGGCCAGAAAUGUGGAAGUAACGAUGUUCAUUGUGGAUAGCACUGGUCAAAUUUUAAAAGAUUUCAUCUCCUUUGGCUCUGGAGAACCACUAGCAACGGAAUUCCACUCCUUCGUGCUGUACCACAACAACAGUCCCCGGUGGGCUGAGCUGCUGAAGCUUCCUAUUCCUGUGGAUAAAUUUAGGGGAGCACACCUUCGCUUUGAAUUCCGGCACUGUUCCACAAAAGAAAAGGGGGAGAAGAAGUUGUUUGGUUUUUCUUUCGUCCCUCUGAUGCAGGAAAAUGGAAGGACGCUGCCAGAUGGCACUCAUGAGCUCAUUGUGCACAAGUGUGAAGAAAAUGUAAGUCUUCAGGAUGCCAGUCGCUACCUCAAAUUUCCUUUUUCAAAGGGACAUCUCCUUGGGAACAGCCAUCCUGCAGUAAAAACCACUAAGGAGUCCUUCUGGAUUACGUCUUUCCUGUGUUCAACUAAGCUCACACAAAAUGGAGACAUGCUUGAUCUUCUCAAAUGGAGAGCCCAUCCAGAAAAAAUAGCAGGUUGUCUCUCAAAACUUAAAGAAAUAGAUGGCUCAGAAAUAGUAAAGUUUCUCCAAGAUACCCUAGACACUUUAUUCGGGAUUUUGGAUGAGAAUUCUCAAAAGUAUGGAUCUCAAGUAUUUGAUUGUUUGGUUCACAUAAUAAAUUUGCUGCAGGACAGCAAGUUUCAUCAUUUUAAGCCAGUUAUGGACACCUACAUUGAGAGUCAUUUUGCGGGAGCUCUUGCAUACAGAGACCUCAUCAAAGUUUUCAAGUGGCAUGUUGAUCGAAUAACAGAAGUGGAGAGGCAAGCACACAGCCAGGAAGUAUUAAAGGCACAAGAAUAUAUAUUUAAGUAUAUAGUUCAGUCUCGGAAGUUGUUCUCUCUUGCUACUGGAGGACAGAAUGAGGAAGAAUUCUGCUGUUGUAUUCAGGAGCUUCUGAUGUCUGUGCGAUUCUUCCUUUCACAAGAAACCAAAGGAGCUACUGCUUUAUCUCAGGCUCAAGCAGUCUUUCUCAGUUCUUUCCCAGCUGUAUACUCAGAGCUGCUGAAACUCUUUGACAUGGGAGAAGUGGCAAGCCUAGUACGUGAUACUCUAGGAAGCUUGCCAACCAUCACAAAUGCAGAUGAAUCCCUUCAGGCUGUAAAGCUCCACUGCAUCGGAAAGAUAGUGGAAAGUCAGCUCUACAGCAGUCCAGAAUCCCGGUAUAUUCUACUGCCUGUAGUUCUGCAUCACCUCCAUGUGGAUCUGCAAGAGCAAAAGGAUCUGAUCAUGUGUGCACGGAUCCUCAGCAACAUAUUUUGCUUCAUCAAGAAAAAUAGUUCUGAAAAGUCGGUUUUGGAAGAAAUAGACAUAAUUGUGAACAGUCUGCUGGAUAUACUGCUAAGAACCAUUUUGGAGAUCACAAGUCGACCUCAAUCAGCAGGUUCUGCAACAAGACUUCAGUUUCAGGAUAUUACUGGAGAAUUUGUGUCGUGUCUGUUGUCUUUAUUACGACAAAUGACCGACAGGCAUUACCAGCAACUUCUUGAUAAAAUCAAAACACGGGAUGAGCUGAGAGAUUUCUUGUUGCAAAUAUUUACUGUAUUUCGAAUAUUACUGCGGCCUGAGAUGUUUCCAAAAGACUGGACAGUGAUGCGUUUAGUUGCUAACAAUGUUAUUAUUACAACAGUAUUAUACCUUUCGGAUGCCCUUCGUAAAAACUUCUUAAAUGAAAGUUUUGAUUACAAGAUUUGGGAUUCCUACUUUUAUCUUGCAGUCAUUUUUAUAAACCAGUUAUGUCUGCAGUUAGAAAUGUUCACACCAUCCAAGAAGAAAAAAGUAUUGGAAAAGUACGGCGAUAUGCGGGUCACAAUGGGAUGUGAAAUAUUCAGCAUGUGGCAAAACUUAGGAGAACACAAAGUCCACUUCAUCCCAGCACUGAUUGGCCCUUUCUUAGAAGUGACACUGAUACCUCAGCCUGACCUACGGAAUGUAAUGAUUCCUAUUUUCCAUGACAUGAUGGACUGGGAACAAAGACGCAGUGGUAACUUUAAACAGGUGGAGGCAAAACUGAUUGACAAGCUGGAUAGCUUGAUGUCAGAGGGCAAAGGUGAUGAAACUUACCGAGAACUCUUCAACAGUAUAAUUCCACUCUUUGGUCCUUAUCCCAGCCUGUUGAAGAAAAUUGAACGAGAAACAUGGAGAGAAAGUGGCGUCUCAUUAAUUGCCACCGUAACCCGCCUAAUGGAGAGGCUGCUGGACUACAGAGACUGCAUGAAAAUGGGUGACGUGGAUGGCAAAAAGAUUGGAUGUACUGUCAGCUUGUUGAAUUUUUAUAAGACAGAACUGAAUAAAGAAGAAAUGUAUAUUCGGUAUAUACAUAAACUGCAUGAUUUGCACUUAAAAGCACAAAACUUCACAGAGGCUGCUUACACACUGUUGCUAUAUGAUGAGCUGUUGGAAUGGUCAGACAGGCCACUGAGAGAAUUCCUGAACUAUCCCAUGCAAACAGAGUGGCAACGUAAAGAAUAUCUCCAUCUCACUAUUAUCCAGAACUUUGACAGGGGAAAAUGCUGGGAAAAUGGCAUUAUCCUAUGCAGAAAGAUCGCGGAGCAGUAUGAGAGCUAUUAUGACUACAGAAACCUCAGCAAGAUGCGGAUGAUGGAAGCUUCUUUUUAUGAUAAAAUUAUGGAUCAACAGCGUUUGGAGCCAGAGUUUUUCAGAGUUGGAUUUUAUGGGAAAAAGUUUCCUUUUUUCUUACGAAACAAAGAAUUUGUCUGCCGAGGACAUGACUAUGAACGCCUGGAGGCUUUCCAGCAACGGAUGUUAAAUGAAUUCCCACAUGCUAUUGCUAUGCAGCAUGCCAAUCAGCCAGAUGAAACUAUUUUUCAGGCAGAAGCACAGUAUCUUCAAAUCUAUGCCGUGUCGCCAAUUCCAGAAAAUCAGGAGGUACUGCAGAGAGAAGGCAUUCCAGAUAACAUCAAAAGUUUUUAUAAAGUAAAUCAUAUCUGGCGAUUCCGAUAUGAUAGACCAUUCCACAAAGGAAUCAAAGAUAAAGAUAAUGAAUUCAAGAGUUUGUGGGUGGAAAGAACCACACUGAUCUUAGUGCAGAGUUUGCCUGGCAUUUCUCGGUGGUUCGAAGUGGAAAAGCGUGAAGUAGUGGAAAUGAGUCCUCUGGAGAAUGCUAUUGAAGUGCUGGAAAAUAAAAACCAGCAGCUGAGAACUCUGAUCAGCCAGUGCCAGACUCGACAGAUGCAGAAUAUCAACCCCCUCACAAUGUGUCUAAAUGGAGUAAUUGAUGCAGCUGUUAAUGGUGGCGUUUCCAGAUACCAGGAGGCCUUCUUUGUGAAGGAGUACAUCCUGACCCACCCAGAGGAUGGUGAGAAGAUCACCUGCCUGAGAGAACUGAUGCUUGAGCAGGCUCAAAUUCUGGAAUUUGGUUUAGCUGUACAUGAAAAGUUCGUCCCUCAAGAUAUGAGACCCUUGCAUAAAAAAUUAGUGGAUCAGUUCUUUGUGAUGAAAUCAAGUUUAGGAAUACAGGAAUUUGCUGCAUGUAUCCAGGCUAGUCCAGUUCACUUUCCAAAUGGAAGCCCCCGCAUCCCUAGAAAUUCAGUACCUGUUUCUAUGAGUCCAGAAGGUGCCAGAGUAAUUCCUAGACGUAGUCCAUUAAGCUAUCCAGCAGUCAACAGAUACUCAUCCUCAUCAUUGUCCUCACAAGCAUCUGCAGAGGUCAGCAAUAUCACUGGACAGUCUGAAAGUUCUGAUGAAGUUUUCAACAUGCAGCCAAGUCCAUCUACCUCAAGCCUGAGUUCCAAUCAUUCUGCUUCACCUAAUGUGACCAGUUCUGCUCCAUCCAGUGCCAGAGGCUCACCUCUGUUGUCUGACAAGCUUAAACAUUCCAGAGAGAACUCUUGCCUCUCUCCAAGGGAGAGGCCAUGUAGUGCCAUUUACCUUAAUCCUUCUGAGCCUUCACAGCCUGCAAACUCUUGCUUUGCCAAGUGGAAUGAAGCCUCCAUUCCGCACUGCAUCAGAGAUUCACCAAUGGAGCCUGAGGAGCACAUAGGUCCACUAUCUGCUCUUCCAGAGGCUUACCUGGCAGGAAAAUCUUCCAAUCUGUCAACUUCUUCAGUAGCCCUAGACAGGAGGAUUAUGUUCAAUCACAUUGGAGAUGGUGCUUUGCCUCGAAGUGAUCCUAAUUUGUCUGGUCCUGAGAAGGCUGUAAACAGCACUCCCAGCAGCUGGAGCCUGGACAGCGGGAAAGAAGCCAGAAACAUGUCAGAGUGUGGAAAGUUAAUGUCUCCUCCCGUACCGCCACGGCCCAUGCAAACUGCAUCACCAGCUCGACAUAUAACCUCAGUUUCCCCUUCUCCUGCUGGAAGAUCUCCGAUGAAGGUACUGGGUACAAUGCAAUCAUUUACUCCGUCUCCAGUGGAUUAUCAUUCAUCAGGGCUCAUUUCCAACUCCCCCAUCUUGUCAGGAAGUUACAGCAGUGGCAUCUCCUCACUCAGUCGGUGUAGCACAUCGGAAACAUCUGGCUUUGAGACUCAAAUCAAUGAACACCCAGUAUCUAUUUCUAACUGCAGUGCUUCCGAAGAGCCAUUGAGAAAAGAAAGUAAGACUCCACCACCUUAUAGUGUUUAUGAACGGACACUGAGGCGUCCUGUCCCGCUACCUCACAAUCUUUCCAUCCCCAUUCCUUCGGAUCCUCCAGCACUGCCACCCAAACCCCUGCUGGUCCGACCGAACAAUCUGGAAAAUAGUAGCAAGAGAACUGAACAAGUCCCUCGGCCUAGGCCUCUUCCAAGAAAAGUGUCUCAGUUAUAAAGGGGGGGGAGUCAUUUGUUAAUGACUUAAGUGAUAAAACACACCUAACACAGGCACUUUAAUAAAUUUUCACAAAUAUUAUUUGCAAGGAUUCUUAAAAAUUGGUUAAUAUUAUGUUGCACAUUUUGUCAAAUGAAAAUACUAACCUAGUUUACCAGUCCCUGUGGGGAACGGGACUGAGUUUCAUUAAUUUUAAAUACAUCAAAUUUAACUGCGUACCAGUUUGAAUCUUACACUCAGUUUUGGGGGGUUUUGCAAACAGUUUAAUCGAAUCUGUAUUGUGCUUCCACAUUCUUCUGUUUUUAUGAUAAAGUACUUUUUAGAGCAUGCAGGAUAAUAUGGGUUAACAGUGUAAUCCUAAACAGAUCUACUCAGAAUACUACCCAAGUCUACUCAGCGGGCUGAUUCCUAAAAAAAUAGGAUUGCUAGGAUUGCACCUGUAAGUGAUAUGUAUAUAACAAAGGGAUGUUCUUGUAACAAGGUUUAAUUUCUACACUUUCCCAAGCAUUUUGAAGAUAGCUUCUUCCCUAUUUUCAACCUGUGUCCUUUCUACUGACACAGUUCAGCAUUUUAUUAUUUUUAUAUAUAUAUAUGUAUAUACAUUUUCAAACAUUUGUAAAAAGGAUAAAUUCUUCAGCUCUUUGGUAGUGGUUUGUCUACAUAAUCUAUACAUUUUCCCCAAUUUUUCGUUGAGGUGCAAUUUACUUCAUAACUCCCAGAUGAUAAAGGAAAAUAAUUCCCAUUAUGAGUUGGUUGUAGAAUUUCCAUUGAACACUUUGAAGCUUCACCUUAAAAUGUGUUGGUCUCUGAAGAGAAAGUUCAUUUUCAAGUUGUUCUUGUGACUAAAUUGAUUGCAUAAUUUUAAUAGUGAACCAAGAAACGGUCACUAAAGUGUACAAAUAUUUCUUAAAAUGGAAAUCACUAUGUCUAUAUAAAUGUUAAGAAGAGAUACCUAUAGAGGGCAUUAAUUCUAGAGUUCUGCUUAAACAGCAAACUUGUGAAUAGUUCUUCUGGGUUCAGUCUUUAUAAUGACUUUUUUUGUUAUCUAUUCACCCAUCCUGUGUAAUUUUGGAAGCUUUUUAGCCUCCAUGUUGUGCACUGUGGUACACAAUGGGAAGCACAGGAAGUAUCCUGAAUGUUUCCCACCCUCAGAUGCCAAUAACUGGCUAUGUGGAAUCAGUACUUCAUGUAGAUUUCUGAUGGUGUAACAUGAUGGUUUCAUGUUAGCUAUUUGUACUUGGGUAGAGAUUUGGAGUCCAAAUAGGGUUGUCAGGUACCCCCUGGCAGGGAAUAAUGGGGUAAGCUUAACAGAUCCAGAUUGGGAACUCUUGGAGAUUUGGGGAUAGAGCCUUGGGAGGACAGGAACCUCAAGGAGAUACAAUGCCGUAGAGUCUACCCUCCAAAGCACCUGUUUUCUCCAGGGGAACUUAUCUCUGUAGUCUAGAGAAGAGCUGUAAUUCCAGGGGAUUCCCAGGUCCCAGCAGGAGGCUGGCAACCCUAAGUUCAAAAUCAUCUUAGUUGUGAAGGGAUAAUUGUGUGUUUUUCAUUUGCAGCUUCUGUUAAAAUACAUAGAAGCAGGGCCCCAAGAUUUUCCAAUCAUCGCUUCUAAGUAUUGCAGAAGAAUCAACUAUGAAUAAUGCAUAUGUGACCAUUCGUAAUUGACACAGGGCAGCCUCCACUGCAAAAGCAGGCUGCAUAACAGACUAUGAGGCAGUA